AAUAAAAUUCUUUGUACGCUAAAAACACACAACAUACACAAACACACGCACAUUUCUUCUCAAUUCAAUCUUCGAAGAAACUGUUUCAAUUUUGCGAAGCAUCAUUGUCGUCGAACAGAUGCUGCUGCUAUGUAAUCAACCAUAGUAUGACUAAUCAAACGGAGGAUUUAAUAUUUCGUUUGAAAAAUUAUCUUAAUUAUCAUUGUGAGAUGCAUACGAUUUCAUAUUGCAAACGACCGACGAUUGAACGAAAUUACCCAACGGAAAUAAACGAAAACGAGCACCAAGUAAUCGGAUCAGUUGUAGCCGGGGCAUUAAUAGCAGCAUUGGCGAUUUUUAUUCAGCAAACAGCACGCUAUUCAACGUCGUUUCAACCACACAACAAAUAUCUAAUCAAUAGCCCGAAAAAAGAAGUAAAACCAAACGGCGAACGCUUCUUUUGUCGUACGUAAAUAAAGCGAUAAAAUAAUGAAAUAAAAUCAUAAAAAAGACGAAAAAGAAAGUAUCUCCCAAAUAGCCAAAUCAUAAAAACGGAGAACGAAGAGGUAGAGCAUGUGAACACACAAGGAAGGAUACAAUAGUGAAAGAACAAACCAUACAUACUUCAAUCGAUUUAACAAACAAGAAACACACACACAUACACACACACAUACCGAGAGAGAGAGAGAGAGCGCGAGAGGGAACUGAACAAAACAAAGAAACGACGACGACAAAGUAGAAAAAGUCGAGCGAACGAAACGACGAAAAUCCCUGUGAGUGGACAUAGCAAAGCGCAGAACAAGCGGACAAAACACACUCAACUAUCGACAGCAGAAACAACAAUAAAAAAAACAACAAAGUAUUACAAAAGGAAACCACAGACAAAAUAAAUGAGAUUAAAUUCCGAACAACCAAUAACCACCGAAAAAAAAAAAACCAAAGAGAUGUACAAAAGGAGUGAAUGAAAGGAUAGAAAAGACAAAAAAGCUCGAGAGAGGGAAACAGGAGCAAACAGAUCAGCAGCAGCAUCAGUAGUAACAAGAGAGAAUAGUAAAAUAUAGAAAGUUCAAAGCCACACUGUGUGUUAUUGUAAUCGAAGUUAUACUGAAUCUGUUAUAAUAAGGACGCAUCUGAGUGACACAUUGAAAUUGGCCAAUAAUAUGACUUGUCCUAUCCAUUGAACAGCAGCGCAACCACAUCAUACUCCGAUAAGAAUAGAUAUGUAUCAUCAUCAUUGAUUUCGAACACAUACAGUGUGUGUGAGCGUAUAUAUAUGAGCUAACAACGUUAGCGCCAUUUAAAGACAACGGACUCGGCCGUAAACGUGACGAUAACAAAGCAACUGAAAGGAAUAACUGAAUCGCAUCGAAAAAGAAAGAGAGACAUUUUUUGCUCUUUCACGUCGAUUAUGUAGCCAGUGUGUGUGCGGAAUGUGUGUUGUUCCUUUUUCUUUCGCUACCAAAUAUACGCACCACCAAUUCAAACAUACACACAAACAAACUCACACGCGAAGAUAGAGAGAGAGGCAUACCCAGGCUCAACGUUUCCUCAAUCACCGAUUAAAUAACUCUAUUUGUUUGGAUCGACAAAAGCGACGUUGUUUCUGGCUUUCAUGGUCACCGCAGCUCACAUUAGCCCAUAACGCGUAUGCAUCGAUAUAAAAAAAGAAGAAAAUUUCUCAAUAUUAGUUUCCUCUGGCUGUCAAUUCAAUAUUUUCCUCCCUCCGGUCAGUGUGCUCGCUCGCUCGCUCACAUUCAUUCAUUCAUACUCAACACGCUCGCUUCAUUGUCUCAUUGUUUGGAAUACUAUUCUUGCAACGAACACAUUUUGUUGUUGGUAUAUGUGUGCACGCUCGUCAUUUUCAAUUCAUCAAGCAAAAAAGUAAUUUGCUACGAUUGAAUCAUCAUCAUCGCUGCUUUGUGUUCACGCAGUGAAAUCCAACGAGGAAAAUGUUAUCAAACUCAAAUGUGUUCAUUCUAUUGAUUUUGAUAAAACAUUCAACAUUGUUCGAAUUCACAUUAGCUAGUUCGGUUGCAGUGAAUGCACACGUUCAAUUCGGGGAUGACAGAAACAUUACAACGGUUGAAACGGUGACCUCCGCAUCGUCGUCACAUGUGGCCCAUUUCAUCGUUGAUGAAGCCCGUAGCCGAACAGCAGCAGCAGUGUCAGCAGCAAAAACGUCACGCAUUCAAGAGAUAACGGCCAACAUAAAAGCGACAACUACAAAAGAUCCAUUAGAGACAGGAAAUCGUAAACAAUUUCAAGGCACGACCAAAUACUCAAUCCCGAACCACACCACCGCAUCAGCAGCAGCACGAGCAGUAUUCAUUACCGAUACAGUACCCACGACGUCGUCACCGAUAGAUCACAAAACCAAAUUUAACCAAGUUCCAUCAACAGCGUCAUUAUCAUCAUUGACCAAUUCAAGCUCAAAGAAUGCUCACAAUGUUUCGAACAAAUUUGAAAUGGUGUCAAGUACCUUGGCAAAUGCGUCCGCAGCAUCGGAAACUGCAGCCGUGGCGACAAAAAUUUCACCACCGCAAAUAACGAAAAAUCCUAUAGUCGAUCCAGCACAUCCACUGCGGCCGUCAUCGUCGUUGUCACUACCACCACCACUAUCAAAAUCACCUAAGCAAUCCAAUAAUCGAGGAAAUCUCGAAAUAAAUUCGAGCAAACGUCAUUCAACGAACGCACAGAAUAGUGGUAGUUCGUUAAUGGGCAAAAGUAACAACAAUAGCAAUAACCAGAUCAUUGACGAUAACGACAGCAUUAAAUCUGUUGAUUGUAUUAAUGGCAGCAGCAGCAGCAGCAGCAAUGAUGAUAAAAAUGAUUAUGUGAAUCCUGACAUUCAACUACCUCAAUCGGAUACACCAUCAUCAACGGGUUCCAUUGAUCCAUCGGCGGCCGCCACUGCCUCCGAACCGAAUCAGAUGAAAGCAAGGCCCGAUGCCGUUUAUUUUGUUGUUGCUGUGAUCGGCGGUGCCAAAAUUUGGGCACGCACACUGGCACGUACCAUCAGCGAUAUGGGACCACCGUUUAACGAUUCAAGAGGCACACCGCUUCGACCAAUUUACGUUGAUUUGCCAACAAAUGGAAGGUUCUCAGUGAAUGUGCUGCUUUCAUUAUGUCAGCAGAGCGAAAAAAGGCCAUUAGCCGGUGUUGUAGUCAUCGGAAAUGGACAAUCAGCACAUGCCGUUGCUUAUGCGAGUUCAGCGAUGCAGUUACCCGUUUUAUGGGCAAAGGGUGGCAUAGCCAAUUUACAUGAAUUGCAUCCAGAGGGAUCUCUGCAAGCGCUACUUCAACCGUCAGCUUUCGAAAUGUUUGAAGCGGUACGCUCUCUAUUCCUACAGACACAUUGGCACUCUUUUUUUGUGCUGUCUGAUGUUCAGGCAACGAAUGUCAUGAAUGUUAAAGAUAAUCCGUUGAAGAGAGCACCAUUAGUACCAACUAUUGUACCAUUGCCGAGGAAUAACGACGAUGUGUUCAAGCAAUUAGCCCAAAUAUCGCGAUCAACACGCGGUGUUAUCCUAUUGUUAGGGAAUGUACAGGCGACCAGACGAAUUAUGACUGAAGCUCGUCGUCUAAACAUGGUCGGUGGUCAUUUUAUUUGGUUGUGGAUUGAUACGAGCACAUCGACGGGAUAUUUUCAUCAGGCAACUGCACCGGUGAGACAGCCACCGCCAAAACCACCACAUCAGCCAGUUCGUUCAAAGGCAAACAAUGAGAGUAGUACGACAACGAAGAUGGGCUUCGAGUUAAGGGAUAAUCGAACGAGCACGAUGAAUGUGACAUCAACACCAAACUAUGUGCAUGAAACAAAUAAUGCGAAAAAGCCGUCGACGGCCACGGCAACGGGUGAGAGUAAAAGUUCGACGGGUAGCAAAACAAGUAGUAAGGCGAAAUCAAAUUCGAAUCUUAGCCGAGAAGAUCAAUCCGUAUUGCAAAAGACAAAUGUUGAUUUUAGCCAGGGCUUUGAUCCGUUUCACGUGCUGCAACGCCAAGAUGAGCGGCUUAAACAAACAUUUGGUUCACCACAGCACUAUCAAGAGCGAACUGCACAGCGUGAUAACAAACAAACACCAAAAAAUAAUAAUCGCUUAAUUUUGGGCUUACAUGGUGAGGGGACAGUUGAAACCGAAGAUCAAACAAACAGUACGCCACGCGGCAAAAAGACCCGGCGCAGCAGCAGCAGUAACAAUAGCAGUAGUAGUAACAACAAGGCACGUCAAAAUGUUGACAAUGCAUUUUACGACGAAAACAAGAGCGAUGACACCAACGGCAAUAUCAACUUUGCCAGCGAACUAGAUGAUGAUGAUGAUGAUGACAGUGGCGGUGGAAUGCCCAUUUUUAUAUCAAAUAAAACAACAUCAUCGAAAAAUGCCAUUUCCAGUAAAUACCGAAAUUUUAGUGAUGAUAACUUGGAUGAUUUUAUUGACAAUAAUAAUUUCAACGAGAACCACAAUUUAAAGUUGAAUUUUAAGCGUACAUCGGCUGCCACCGGUGGCAAUUCCACGUCUUCUUCUUCGUCGUCGUCGUCGUCCUUUGUAAAUUUCCAUCAAUUUAAAGAUUUUCCAGUUGGUUUAUUGGCACUGCGACCGAUUCGCAUGAACGUGGAUCGGCAUUUCAUACGUGCAGCCGUUCGUGUGUUUGCUGCCACUUGGGAGAAAAUUAACAGUAGCAAAUCGAUUGUGAAUACAAUAUCGCCACAGCAACGGCCUACAUCAUCAUCGUCGUCGUCGUCAUCGUCAUCGUCAUCGUCAUCGUCAUCGUCAUCAACACAAUUGCCACAAUCGCGUCGAACGCAACACAAUCGAAAUGCACAAGGCACAACGACAUUGUACAAUGCAAAAAAGUUCGGCAAUGAAAUGCAAAGCCGUAAAAUGCGGCGCAAACGCAACAUUCAAACAGUUAACCAAUUACUAAUGAUGACGAUGCAAAAGCGUUCGAUUGAUUCAUUAACGGUGGCAGCGAUGGCGUCACCAUCAUACGGCAGUGAAUUUGAAUAUGAACAUGAUAAAAGUGAUGAUAAUAUAAAUGGAAUAAAUACGGUGGAACACCAAACGGUGUCCGCGGCAAUGCAAGUUAACAGUUCUCUAUUUCUAAAUGAGUUUAGCAGUAAUAGUGAUAAGAAUACGAAUAGUGUUAUUGGAAUAACAAAAACCACCACCAAAUCAAGAAUAAGAGAUCGGCGAUGGGCCGCUGAUCAAAAACAUAACAACAACAUUCAUAAUAAUGAAAAACAGUUAAUGAAAUUAAAUAGUAGUUUUACAAGUGACCUACCAAAUAAUAAGAAUACAAAUAACACUUAUUACAUCAACAAUGGCAUUAGUUUAACAAAUGUGAACGUUAGUUUUAAUCGAAAUUUCAGUGGCUUAUGGAAACAAAACAGUAAAAAUAAGAGCAAUAUUCAUUCAUUAAAUAGCGCGCGAUACCAACAACCAAUUACAACAACAACAACAGCCGCAGCUGUACGCGGUAAACAAGUGCUGCUGCAGCCAUUACAGUUCAACAAUACCACGUCAAAUGUGACAAAUCACACACCGGCAAUGUCGUCGUCGUCGUCAUCUUCGUCGAUGGCGGUGAACCACAAUGACCCAUCAAUCGAGUCGAUGGCCAAGCAAGCAAGUCAAUCGAUUGUUGAAAUUUUUUUUGGCACACACUCGCAAGACAUGCGAGGUCAACGGUUGAACAAGCGACAAAGCACACGGCCGACGAAAAAAGAAAUGCCACAAUCAUCAAUAACAACAACACAAUACAAACGACCGCAAUACGAUGCGAACAACAAAAAUGCCAAUCAAUUAGCGAACGCUCAACACACCACCGAUCACGAUUCGAAUCAGAUCAAGUGCGAAACGCCAACCUAUUACGGUGGAUGUUACGGCACUUCCACCAAACAGGAUGUGAAAAAUGCCGAAUAUUUCUAA